UAUACGCCCGCAAUAGUUGUUCAGGUUUCAGAAUCGUAAGUUGCAUAGUCCGCUGGUCCGCACUGGUCCGCGCUAUUCUACACUUCCGUACAUGUGUAUCGUGUUUCGUUUGUAACGUAUUCGGCGGCGACGACGACGAGGACGACGAGAACGACGACAACGACUACGACGACGAUUACGACGACGACGACGACGACGAUGACGAUGACGAAAAGGACAACGAUGACGAUGAAAGUAGCAACCGACAAAUAAAAGGAAUUGUUUAUAAAACAGAUAUUUCGAAGAAAGAAAUAUCUGUGGUGUAAAGGCGAAAUAACGUGGGAGACGCUUCGAACUACGUCCGUUUGAUUUGAAGUUGACGGAACUUAUGUGCGUAUAUAUCGUUUUACGUCUUGAACAAUGCGAAACUGGUGGUUGUUUUGAGUUUAAACUUUUUCCCCAAAUAGAGAAUGGUCGUAGAGUGUCGUGUACAUCGUUAACAAUCGGCUACAUAGCCGUGCUCAGGAUAAGUGUUGAAUAGAAAUCGUCAUUGCUAUAGUUAGGGAAAUAUACAGGACGAUGUACAAAUGCGCUUAGUCGUUUGAGCUCGUGACGGCGGAAUGCAACGAGCUAUGUGGAAAUGCGAUUACCCGCUCUUUUGCAUAGAGGACUACGGGUGUUGUGCUUCAUCGGGUUGCAUCCAGGUAUUUUAGGAAGGAUCGACCUUGCCCUGUCGAAUUCUGUUUUAUUUGAUCCACGGCGUGCUCCUCGAAUCUAUCGAUAAAAGUCGCUCGCGACUUUUAUGCCUAGGAGGAGGAGCAUCGUCCUCUCCUUGUUAUUCUGCAACCUUCACCGCCCUGACGUGAUUUACCCGGUUUGCCCGCCACACGACGGGUUAUGUUUCCCACUUUUAUAGGGAUCCUAGGAUUAAAUCUCAAAGAAUUGAUGUCUUGUGUCUUGAUUUAUAUAUCAUAUAUCUAAAGAAUAAGAUGAUUUUUUUAUGCCAUAUGACUAAUUAUCUUUAGAAGAGAUAUAUAGAAAACAUACAAUCGUGGUGGGAGGUGCCAAGUAUAGCACACUUCUGCUCAUUAUUUAGGGCUGCUUUCAAUCUUUUGGACUUUGACAUUGAGGUAUCUAAUUACAUGCUACCUCCUAACGAUAGGCAUUAAAUGCAUCAGUUACUAGUAAUGCUUAAGCUUUCAGGAAUUAGUAAAUCCUCGAUUUAGAAGAAGCAUUGUUAACGGAUGGAGGCACAGAAGGUCGUUUAGUACAAGAAUUAAUAGUAAAAUUGUUAGAAGGCUGUUUACCUAAUGAUACUCGCAAUGACAUUUCUACUUUUAAUUAUCAAAUGUUUCUUCGUAGACUUUUUCGGAAAAAAUGUCAGGAAUAUAAAUGUGAAAAUCCUUUUAAUACCGAUGUAGACUUUGAAUUAUUGCCACUUCGUCAAAAAGUAGAAAUAUUACGUGCCCUCUGUGACUUCAGACUAGACGCGGAAGACGUAGAGCAAUCUUUAAGUAAUCUGGACUCAGAUAGUCUGCGAGUUGAACCAUUGGGUCAUGAUCGUAAGAAUUCUGCUUACUGGUACUUCUACGGCACUCGAUUGUACAGGGAGGAUUAUAUUGAUACUUCUGUUAGUACCUCAUUCAAACAGAGCAGUAAAUCAAGAGAAAAAAAACGUAAAAAACGAAGGAACAGAGUGGCGAAAAAGGAAGAAGAAGAGGAGGAGAAGGAGGAAAAUAAUCUAAUAUAUAAAACUGAUAAAGAAAGAGAAAGUGUAUGGCAGGUUGUUUGUUUCACUCAGCAAGAUUGGAGUCGUUUGGUUGAAAAAUUUCGUGAUUCAGAGUACGAUACUGAACGUAAACUUUAUCGUACUCUAUCAGAAGAUUUUAUGCCUGAAAUACCAAAACUUUUUGAUUUAAAAGAGAAACAGCAGAGGCGUAAACUUCUACAACGUAAUAAUUCAAGAGUUCUUCGAAGUCACGAACCUGCUACACAAAUGGAAACAGUCAUGGUUAGAUCAAAGAUUAAGACAAAGAAUAGCAAAGGAGCAAAGAGAAGUACUCAGAGUACCAAGAAUGUUUACGUUAAAGAUAAAAGUUCUCCACCGUUAAGUGUCCCACCUAUACAAAAAAAAGGUCGACAAACUAAUAAUUCAUUAGCAUCUGCAGUUGGCCAAAUUGUUAUCCAUACUAGAGAUGAAGUGGAAAAUUUGGAAAAAAAGAAAGGGAUUAGUAGUCAUGGUGAUAAUUAUGUUACUUCUAAUUAUGGAUAUAAAUAUGGAUAUUCAUUUGGAAUCGAAGAAGAGGAACGUCGUGUAGGUAUGCAUAAAGUACUUGAAAGCUUAAAAGACCAUGUUGACGUCUGGCCUUUUAUUGAUCCUGUGGACGAAGAAUAUGCUCCUAGAUACUACAGUGUGGUACGAAGACCAAUGGAUCUUAGUACAAUGGAAGAAAAAUUGGAAGGUGGAUCUUAUAAAAGUAUAAGUCAGUUCAAACGUGAUUUUCGCCUUAUUGUUGACAAUUGCAGGCAAUAUAAUGGUUCUGACAAUGAAUAUACUGAGAUGGCAAUUAAUUUAAAAGAAGCAUUUGAUAAAGCAGUAAACCGUUAUUUAGAAUCUGAAACAUCGAGUGAUGAAGAUCUUUCAUCAACAAGAUCAGUAUCUAUAUCUCCUUCAUCUCUUUCUUAUCCUUUAAAUACUACUUCUCCUUCUACGAUGCAACAUAAUGUAAAAAAGAGCUUAAAGAAGUCAAACAAAAGAUCUAAGUCUAUUAAAUCUGAAACUCGAGCAAAAUCAAAAAUUAACUUGGAAAUUGAAGAAGAAAAGCAAAGUAAAAAUUUGAAAUUUACUAAAAAAAAGAGAGGUAAGAGAAAAUCUAAAAAAAUAAAGGAAGAAGACAUUAUAGAAGAAGAAGAGGAAGAAGGAGAGGAAGAAUAUACAGAGAUAAAAAACGAGAAACAGGAACAAGAAAUAAAGGAGGAAGAAGCUGACAAAGCAUUAUCAGAAGUUAAUGUUGUAAAAUCAAAAGGGAAGAAACACAUUAAUACAAACAAUGUUUUAUUAAAAACCAAAAAGCUGCCUCCCAAAGAACAAGAACUUAAACGUGCAAAUAAAAAGAACAAACAUCAACAAAAAAAAGAUGCAGAGAUUAUUCGUUCGGUAAAAGAGGGGAAAAAACGGAAAGAAGAUUUUGAAGAAAGUUAUGAACCUUCUAUUAUAGCAAAAAGUAAGAGUAGAAAAAUUGAGAAAAAAGAACUAGAAAAUACGUUGAUAGCAGAAAAUACGAAGAAAUGCAAAUUAAAACGAGUAGAAUCUCAAGAUAAUAAUACAGAAAAAUCUUUACAUGUUAAGGUAAAGAAAAAUCGUAAAAAGGAAAAAGAUGAGGCGAAAAUGAAUUUAAAAUCAGACGAGGAAUUUGACGGAAAGAUUCUUACGAAAGAAAAAGAGAAAGAAAAAAAAUCAAAACAGAAGACUGAAGAAAAUGUGAACAACGGCGAAUUAACAGAUCUUGUAGAUUCCAAAGAACUAGAAAUAGAAACAAAUAUACAAAAGUCAAAACAAUUUGAUACUUGUAAGAAACUUGCUGCGUUAGUAAAUAAUAAAGAUUUGGAGUCACUUGAUAGUCUGAAAGAUAAGGUAAGUGAAAGACGUCGUGAAGAAAAAUUGAAACAUGAAAAGGAAAAGCAGAAGAAGAAAGAUAUUCAGAGUGCGUACUCGAAAAAAGUGCCUUCAAAUGGUAGUACAUUACAUGAUGGAGAUAAAGUCAAUUUAAAGCGGUUGAAAUCUAAAAAGGGAGUAAAGGAAGAAAAAUCGAUUGCUAUAGGAGACAUAAAUAAAUGUCACAAUCAUGAAGUAAAUGAUAGUAAAAAAACAAAAAAUACACAAGUUAAACAUACCAAAGUAUUUGGUAAAGAAGAAAGUUCAGCGAUACAGGCCUUGAAUCAAGCAACAGAGCAGACGCUUAAUGACAUCAAUAAAUGGCUCGAUGAUGCACCUCGGCUUUCGGAAUUUUCUUCCGGUAGUGAUUCACCAGUAUUUCAUUCCUCUAUUGAAUCGAAUAAAUCUGGACCAAAGUUAGAAGCUCCAAGGAAACGACCAAGUUCUAUUAAAAUUUUUGGACCACAUGGUCCAUCUAGACCAAAAAAAAUACAGCGUACAAUAGAUCGUUUACAACCUGGUAAAAGCAAGGGAAAUUUAUUAUUAAAGAAACCAUUAAAUUUAUCAUCUUCCAAUAUUAGUGAUACAACAGUCCAUCAAUCUGCUAGUGAUAAUGUUCAACCUAGUACAGAUGUUAAAGAGGAACCAAAACUUAGUUUAGGAACUGUUUUGAAGAACGCUGAUUCAAUACAGUUGAUAUGUAAAGGCUUAGUUUCAUCACCAAAUCCUAAUUUUUCAAAUGAUGAUGAGGAAGAAGAUCAUACCACAAUAUCAGUAAAUUCAACAUCGAAUGCUGUUGAAGAAAAAUUACCUGCUAACAAGGGGACAAUUUUACCAUUGACAACAGUCGAAGAAACUAAGGAUAGUAAUGUUUUUACAGAAGAAAUUCAAAAACAAAAAUCCACAACGCCAAAUUUAAGUGCUUGGUUUAAAGCUUUUGGGGCACCAAAAUCAAAAAAGAAAGACGAAGAAAUAGAAGAAGGUGUGCCAAAGAAAGAUGGAGAAAUACAAGAAACGAUUUGUAGUAGACCAAGGCGUAUGAGCACAGGUGGUAGCAGUUUAAGCGAAUCACUUUCUAGCUUCUCUCAAGAAUCUCCACCAGGCCGUUGUUCAGGUCGUUCGCCGCAAAAUCAGCCUGUAGUAACCACAACUGAAACUCAAAUACGUGGUGCUGGAUUUUAUCAGGAUGCUUUAUCAACUGGUAGUAGUCCUUAUAAUAGCCCCUAUUAUGCCACUCCACCGAGAUAUAGUGCCCAAUUACCUCCUACUCCAUCACCUCAAAAUCAUCCAUUGUCCCCAGCAUAUCCAUCCCCUGCAUCAUAUGAACAGACUCCAAUAUAUCCUCAAAUACCAUCCCAAACUUCUCAAGUAUAUCAGAAAUCAUCGCCUCAAGAAAAUUCAAGUGAAGCUUAUCGUCAGUUAUCUCCCACAUUUCCUCAAUGUUCCCCCCAAAAUAAUUUUCCACAAAGUUCGUCACAAAAUGAACCUUAUCCGCAACAAAUAUCGUCUAAUAAUCAAACUCAAUCUGCCGGAUAUUCUCAACACUCUCCUCAGCCAUUACAUCCAGUUUAUUCACAAACUUCACCUCAGGCGCCAUCAAAUUAUUCGCAACCAUCGCCUCAACAAUCAACUACACCAAAAUAUUCUCAACCUUCCCCCCAACAAAAUUCAUCUAUCAAUUAUUCUCAAAAUUCUCCUCAAGCAACAUCUAAUUUUUCACAUCCUUCACCACAGCAACAACAUUCCCCUUAUUCUCAAUCUUCUCCUCAGGCAUCUUCGAAUUAUUCACGACCGUCUUCGCCUCAACAACAUUCUUCAUUUUCACAAUCAUCUCCACAACAAUCAUCUGUAUAUUCUCGGACUUCUCCUCAACCACCACCAGUAUAUUCACAGCAACCUACACAAUCUCCACAUUUUUCACAGCCUUCACCACAAACACAUUCAAAUAAUUUCUCGCAACCGUCACCUCAAUCAAUUCCACCAUACUCACAACCAUCUCCAAAGCCACAAAAUUUUUCUCAGUCAUCCCCACAGCAAAUACAAACAUUUUCGCAACAUUCUCCACAAACCCCGCCUGCGUACUCUCAAUCUUCUCCACAAGCACAAGUUUCCUAUUCACAACCUUCACCACAAAACAAUUCAUAUUCUCAACCAUCUCCUCAACAACCACCUAAUUAUUCACAACCAUCUCCUCAACAGCCACCUAAUUAUUCUCAACCAUCUCCUCAACAAGCACCUAAUUAUUCUCAUCCAUUACAUUCACCCCAAACACCACCUAAUUAUUCACAAUUGUCUCCACAACAACAAGCAGCAGCAAUAAGUUACCCUCAACCAUCUCCUCAGUCACCACAUGUUUACUCUCAACCUUCUCCUCAACAGAAAUCUGUAUGUACCUCUCAACAACAAUCUACUACAUACUUGCAAUCUCCUCCACAACAAGCUACAAAUUAUGCUCAAUCUCAACCACCUAAAGCUCCUGAGGACUAUACAUCAAACACAAUAGCAUCUUCAAGUUAUGCUCAAAACUUUAAGCAAACUCAUCCAUAUUUACAAUCUCCUACAUUGUCGGUGAAUGAAUCGGAACGAAGACAAGAAUUUUUGAAAUCUAAUAAUAGUGAUAAAACUUCACCUGAGGAACAACGAAAUUUUAUCGUUCAGCCAGAAUCGUCAAUGAAUUUAAAUGCGAACCAUCAAAUUUAUCAACCUUCGAAUCAAUUUCCUACAGCAUAUCCAAAUAAUUUUUCUAAUAGUGAUAUGCAAAGAUCUAGUAGCAGACAUAGUAAUCAAGAACCAUCACAACAACAAUCGCAACAUCAACAGCAGCAGCAGCCGCAACAAACAUUACAAGAACGACCAAAUUUUACUGAUCUUAGCGAUUCUGUAGGUGUUCAAAAAUAUACUCAACAAAGACCGUUCCUCAGCAAAAAUGCAAGUACUGGAGAUCAAAUUCAAACACAAGAUCAAUCGCAGCUUAUAGCAUUUCAACAAAAUUUAACGACGCAUGAGUCUCUUUAUCAAACUGGAUUUCAACCUUCGGGAUAUCCUAUAACUAAUUCUAGACCAGUGUACCACAGUCCACAUUACUUUGAUGCUAGCUCAAAAGCUGCUAGUGGUGGAACUUCAAACACAACAAGUGGCAAUCUUCCUCCUGUAAAGAAGCGUGUAUAUAAUGAAUCGCCAAAUGAACCGUCGCGCGCUCUGCCACAAGAAUCUACAAUACGACCUGGGCAAGAACAAUUUAUUUUUGAUCCAAUGAUAGCACUUUCACAACCAGAAGCAGUUUCAGCUAGUCAAUUUGAGAGUGUAUUUGUUGGAAGUUUAGCAGAUUCAGUAGCCACAAGUCCCGCAUAUGCACGAUUGGGUUUAGGUUUAGUAAGUCGUACUAACAAAGAACAACAAUUAUUAACAAUUCCUAGACCACCACCUGCAAAACCAGAACAUUUGGCUUAUGCGCGUAGUCCUGUUUCGGGAACUGCGGAAUUGGAUUUGAAUCUCUUACAAAGUAUACAAAGUGCAGCAGCAAAAAAUACAUCAGGAAUAUUGUCAAUGUCAAGAAGAGUAGGAGAAACAACAGGACCUCCUGCACCGGUUACAACUAGGACAAAAAAAAGUAAAAAAAGUAAACAGCAACAGCAAGAGCAACCAAAUGUCACUGCCUUACCGUCUACAGUUAGUGGAGAUCAACAAGCUAGCGGCAGUAUAUCGAAUUUUUCCCAAUAUUCAGGCACUCCUGGAGACAUUGGCUUAAAAAAUACCUCAGUAAUUCCGCCAGGUGGUAGUGCCUUCAAUUUUGCUGCACCAACCAGUACCACCACAAGCAGUUCACCCUUUUAUGAUAAGGAUGCUUCUGCUGCAGCAGCAGCAUUUGCGUUUUUAGAUGAAUUCCGUAAUACAAAUAGUUAUUACAGUAUGGCGCUUAGACAACAACAGCAACAACAACAACAGCAACAGCAAGUUGCACCAGUAACAGAUACCGUGCAGUCAUCCUGUAACAAACUUAGUAAUCAAUCUCCAAGAAAUUAUCCACCUCAUCCAUUUCUUCAUUCUGCGCAAAGAUCCGCUGCUUAUGGACCACACGUAUCUGCUUACGUUCCACCUCAUGGUCCAAAUCUAACAGUGGAUCCUGCUGCUUACCAACAAUAUAUUCAUUCCUUAUAUGCUCUACAACCACCACAUCAUCAUAGACCGUCCUGGCUUUAGCCAUUACAAUUGAUAUAAAAUAUAUUUUACACAUUACAAAAUAUUUCGGUGGAUAUAUUGCUUUAUAUAUAUUUUUUUAAUUUAAAGACAAUGCUCUUCAUUAAAAUCAAAGUUCAAUCAUAUUAAUAUGAAAGUAAUAGAGAAAUGAUUGUAGUGAUGAGUAUAACAAGUGACAAUUAUAAUAAUGUGUAGUAAACAUUUAUUUUUUAUGCUUUUAUUAUUUUGAUGCAAUUAACGAAAAGGUGAUACUUAUUGCUUUUUGUUAUUAUAAUCAUAGCAAUAUUUCCACCGGAACUCAUUGUUUCAUUUCAUAUCAUAUUUUUUGUUCUUUUUUUGUUUUCUUUUAAUGAUGAUGCUCUAUAUGUUUGGCAUUUUUACAGAUUGUCAGUAUAAACUUCUGUUUCUAUUCACUAACGUAUUAUGUGCGCAUGUAUAUAAAAAUAAGCCCACCUUAAUAUUAGGAAUUUUUGAUAGUUUUUUAAAAAAUAAUUACAAAACAGAUGAAGUGUAGCUAACAUUCAAGUAAACUUUUAUCGAAAGUUCCUCGGCGUAAUACGCAUUCUUCAUGUUUUUUCGAUAUGUCGGGACGUAUUUUAUGCAAUAUUCAAAUAUAUAGAAGGGGAGGAACUGCGGUUGACUUUACUUCGUUUUCUUUCUUUUUUUUUUUUUUUUUUUUUUUAUGAUGAUAGAUUUAUCAAUA